UUGGCGCCGAGUUUUGCUGUCCGUAGACACAAGUGUUUGUAAACAUAAACACCUGUUGUGGCGGGUAAUGCGAGGUGGCUAGAAGAGAACUUUUGGCAUAAUUCCGCUUCAUUUGCUUUAAGUUGUCAGUGACGUCGGUUUUAGGUUUAGCUUUCUGGAAUGAGAACUCGCGAAAGUGUCGAUAGUAUUUUAUUUUUUCUGACAAUCGUGACAUGAAAGGAUGAAGUAAUCAGAUUAAUCAAGGUGAAGGACAAAGCAUAGGAUCGGAAUGACAGCUUCAGCUAUUAAAUUUUUCUUUAAACUUACAGUAGUUGUAGCAAUUUCACGAUGCAGCAGCGAAUCGACCAAGCCAAAUUUCGUUGUUAUUCUUACAGAUGAUCAAGACAUAACCAUUGGUGGAAUGACUCCCAUGAAGAAAACACAGAAACUUAUAGCCAACGAGGGAAUUACCUUCCCUAAUGCGUUUGUUACGACACCUAUAUGCUGUCCCAGCAGAACAUCUAUUUUGACGGGCCUUUACCAGCAUAAUCAUCGCACUGUGAACAAUUCAUUUGAAGGAAAUUGUUUUGGGAGGAAAUGGCAAAAUGAACUGGAACCAUAUGCUUUACCAGUUCCUCUGAGAUCUCUUGGUUAUAAAACAUUUUAUGCUGGAAAAUACCUCAAUCAGUAUGGAAGGAAAGAGAAGGGAACUGCACAUGUUCCACCUGGAUGGGACUGGUGGAUUGGUCUUGUUGGAAAUUCCCGUUAUUAUAACUACACUCUCUCUGUCAAUGGAAGCAGAAUUCAACAUGGAGAUCAGGAGGGUGAUUACUUGACAGAUGUGAUUACCUCAUACAGCUUGGAAUUCUUAAAGCAGAAAGAUGUUCUGUCCUCUGGUUUUUUUAUGAUGCUGGCUCCACCAGCACCUCAUGCACCAUUCACACCUGCACCAAGCUACAGUGGUUACUUCAAGCAUGUCACAGCCAUGAGAACAAAAAAUUUCAAUGUUCCCAGCAAACACAAGCACUGGCUUCUACGUAUGCCUCCUGAAGAGCUUCCAGCAACUACCUUGAAAACACUUGAUACAUAUUACCAUAAACGAUGGGAAACAUUGUUAUCAGUGGAUGAUAUGGUAGAGUCAGUAGUAAACAAAUUAAAUUCUAUGAAUGUACUGAACAAUACAUAUAUUAUUUACACAUCUGACAAUGGAUUUCAUAUAGGUCAGUUUGCUCUACCUUGGGAUAAAAGGCAGCCAUAUGAAUUUGAUAUCAGCGUCCCUAUGUUAGUUAGGGGCCCAGGUAUUCCAAAGAAAAAGGUUAUUUAUGAUAUUGUUUUAAAUAUAGAUUUGGCACCAACCAUUAUUGAUAUUGCUAAUGCUUCACCUUUGAUAAAUAUGGAUGGAAAAUCAUUUAAACAGUUAUUAAUAUCUGUGAACAAAACUAACAAAAGAGGUUUUCUUGUGGAAUAUGUGGGUGAAGGAAAUGAUGAAACAAUUGAUCCAAAAUGCCAUUUACCAGUGGAUAAUGAUAUCAGUCAAUGUGUUCAAGCAGCAUCCUGCAAGUGUCAGGAUUCACGUAACAACACUUACACCUGUCUACGCUAUAUGUCUUCAGCAGAGAAUAUUAUUUACUGCCAGUUCAGUGACUCAGAGAACUACAAAGAAGCUUACAAUCUGAAUGUUGACCCAUAUCAGUUAACAAAUCUGGCAUACAAUUUAUCCUCAGAUUCAGAAUCCUGGUAUGUGAAAGUACUAAAACAUCUUUCAUCUUGUGUGGGACUGAAAUGUAAUUCCUUAAUGACCAGAUGACACAUUUCUUAAAAACUCCAGUUGAUCAAUGUUUAAGAUAAUUCACUGAGAAAAUAUUAGCAGAACUGUUUGUUGUGGUGGCAACACCCAGUAAAUUACUGUGUAAUUACUGUCGUUUUGUCUGUAUCCCAUCUAAUAUGAUAUGCUGUCUCUACUUUUUCCCCACGGUCACCUAGAUGUUGAGCUGGCUCUCACAAUGAGCCAAAAUGCCUUAUCCACAAACAUAUGUGUUUUGUGGAACCAAUAGCUCACUGUGUAAGCUCAUUUAAAAGUAAUGUGAUGAUUUCUUAAUAUUAUUUGGCAUUAGUGUUAAUAAAUUUUGUAAGUGAUAACACCUAAA